AUGGUCGGUUCAAACACGGCGAACGAGUCGACGGUGGCUACUGCGAACCCGAUUCUUGUGUCGCUCGGCUCGACAAGCGAUGCUCUCCCUGCCACGAGUACUUCAAGUGGCGCUAUCACUGCCUCAGUCAUAUCGUACACUUCGUCUGGCGUGCCGCUCGCUAGCACUAUAUUUCCUACUGGACUGAAUUCGACCAUCACGUCCUCAAGCUCACCUUUAGUCCUCGUCUCAGGCAGUGCCAGUCCGUCUGGAUCAAGUUCAGCCCACUCAAGUUCAUUGCCAUCUUUUGCUAAAAACUUGACAACAUCUGCAACCGUCAUCUCAAGUUCUUCGACGACUUACACCUCAUUCACUACCUUCCAACGCAAUAGCGUGACUAGUUCGAUUUCGAACACGGCGAGUAUUGUUUCGUCUGCCGAUAGAUCUGCAAGCACUAGCUCCACUCCUCUGGCCGCUGUGUUAGGAUUCUUCACUGCGUCUUCUUCCACUAUCGAAACACUAUCUGAUGGAUCUCCUUCUACUGCUGUUCUCGUUGCGCAGGCUUUCGCUACCACUCUUUCCAACGGUCAAACCACUACGUCUUACGGUUCUUUCCAGCCCGUGUCGUCGUCUGCCUCGGGCUAUGCUGCCUUGAGUGGUAGCUCGGAAAUUUCUUCUGCUGCCGUUGCUCUCUCGUCUCAAAAUGCCGAUAUCAGUUCCCGCCUCAGUUCUCUCAACGCCGCCGCAUCAACCGCUACAGGGUCGGCUAGAAGCUCAUACUCUUCUCAGGCAGUUGUUCUCCAGAGCGCUGCUUCCUCGGCUCUACGGUCAGCUAGCAGCGCUUUGAGCAGUGCAGCAUCUCGCGUCUCUUCAGAAGCCUCAUCUGCCUCCGUGCUUGCAUCCUCAUCGGCCGACAGUUCUUUGCCCUCUUCCAGCGCCACUCAGAGCCCUGAUGCUAGCGUCGUCGGUGGGCCUACAACAACUACUGCUCCCAACCCGGCGAGCAGCUCCGCAUCUUCGGAGAACAACAGCGACAAUACCCCACCUCCUUCUGUGCUUGCAGGUGGUAUUGUGGGUGGCGUCGCCGGACUUGCAGUUUUGGUUCUGACUGCCAUGAUUUUCCUGCGCUGGUACCGAAAGCGCAUGGCUAGCAUGAGCAUGAAUGCAUUGACUGGAGCCGAAGCUGUUACUGGAAGUGGUGGUGCUAGGGGCAUGUCCGAGCGCGGCAGAACAGCUCCCGUAUUAGCGCCACUUCUGGGAGGGGUCUUCAAAAACAGAAAAUCCCGAGCCGUGGACGACACUGGAGAACGAGGCUUCCAGCGCAUUAGCGGUCGUAAAUUGCCUAGUGCUUUCUCAGCUGGCAUGACUUCUGCUCCUCCCAUGCUCAUGCCGUCUGCUUUCGACAACGACCGUAACAUGAGCACCACUUCGGUCUAUCGCGACAGCACUUACUACGGCGCAGCUGGCUCACCAUUCGAUGACCCCGACAACGAAAUUGGCAUCAACGAAACCAUAAUGCCUGGACCAGCACGGCAAGCAAGAGUUCACCCUCCUUAUGCCAUGAGUCCGACAAGUGCAUUGUCCGAAAACACAUCGCCUACCAGUCCUACCUUCCCCAUUCAGGGACACAGGUUGACCCCCGAGCCUGGACAAAAUGCUCCUCUCAUGACUCCGUUGAACCCGCAAGGUAUGGCUCGCAGAAGCGUCACCCCCGCCACGCUGUCAAGCUUCGAUGGAAGCAGGGGAAGCAGGUUCACCGAAGAAGUCUGA